AUGUUCCGUGCGUUCGCUUGGGCGUUCGCCUGCGUUGGCCUCGUUUCUGCAUGGACACGUCUGGCAGUUGUCGAAAGCGGAUCUUGUGAAAAAGCUGGAUGUGAGGUCAUGGCCACAUGUCCUGAGAAGACCUGGCCGGUGGCAUGUCGAGCCAUUUCCAGCCGAGCCGAAGCCAGCAACUCCUGGCUCAAAGACGGCCGUUGUGUGGCGUCCUCCAUCUUCGAUGAACGGAUAACGGCGAAGGCGGCUUGCACCAGCAUGUUUCGCAGCUUUGUGGUUACAGGUGAUCGCGAUGCUCGUGAUGCUCGAUGCCCCGAGGGAUCCUCGUUGGAGAAAUGCUUUUGCCAGGAGUGUAUGGGUCAACUCGCCAUUAAUAGCAACGGGACUUGCCUGGCGCCGGAGGGCCGUCCACAAGCUCUGUGCCUUUCUGGGGAUACCCAGUGGCUCUUGCAGAAUGCUGCAAGCAUUGGUUUUGUGGAGUACUGUGGCUGGAUGCCGUAUCAACGUCCGCGAAAUCUUCCGGCAGAGAGCUACAGGAACGACAGCGACUGUCGCCACGUGAUGGCCAUGGAUCCGGUGGGCUUCGCCGGGUGCAGCACAGAGGAAUGCACCUCUCUGGAGGAUUGCAUCGCCAGAUGCGACGUCUGCGCCAACUGCAGCGCUGUGCUUCAAAUGGCUUCCGGGACCAGUCCGGCUAGGUGUUACAUGCAAGAGAACAUUCAUGUGGAUGAGAUCAGGUCGCAGGGUUUCGAGACUGGCUUCUUUGUGAACGAACGCAACGGCUUCGGUUGCAAUGGUCGUAUCGAGGAUCGCAUGGCGCGAGGCAUCACUGGUGUGAAACUCUUUGCAGAUCUGGAAUGCCAGAAAGAGCUGAAACCGGAGAAGCUCUACAUGAUGGAUGCGGUGGGUCUGAUGCCCUUGGACGGCACUUGGGUGCCCAAGUGCUCGCAAAGCCGAUGUUCCCCCGGAGGUCUAAGCUUCGUGGCCACGUUUGUUAAGCCCAGCGUGGUGCGCUGUGUGGCUGUGCAGGCCUCCGACAGCUAUGGCUUGGGCUGGCGCCUUUCCAAGACUUCGGCCGCCUUGACAGGCAUCCAAAGCUUAACCGAGACGGUGUGGCAAGAGGUGGCACGCUCUGGCAAAGGAAUGGGAGUGCGAGCCACUUGGGAUGGCCUCAUGGAGGUGACCAUGUUGAUGUUCUCCACGCUCUGGUGCAGAAUGAAAGGACGCUACCGCUGGGACGGGAUGUUGACCAAGUCGCCAUGGAAAGAUCUGAAGUCGAGUUCAGCGUCGGAGAAUCAGGUACCAGGUGGAGAUGUGGCGGUGCUGCCUGUGGUCAUUUCACUUCUGGUUUUCUUCAUCUUUCUGAGCCUCAUUAUUUGGAUGCGCUAUUUCAACACACACCGCAAUGCGGCAGAGAAUCUAAGACCUGCGGCCACCAUGGUGCCAGCGAUGGAAGUCGCAUUGACUUUGGAUGAGAUCACCUUCCGAGAUGAGGUGAGAGCUGAGUCUACCGUGUCCUACAUGCUGCCAAGUGAAAUUCCCAUUCUGCAAAACCUGCUGGAUUUUACAUACCGCUCCACUGUGACACACGAGAGGCGGUGUCCCCAACACUGUGCGAGAGCAGCACCAUGUCCUUGUGUCCAAGUGGGUGGCACUCCAGGUCUUCCAGUGGCCUUCCAUGCGCUGAACGCCUUGCGUUUCAGGGCCACGUCCAUGACUGGCUAUGUGAAGAAAAGAAAAGAGAUCCAACAGAGACGUGAUGCGUUGAAGUGUUUGGAGAUGUCCAGCCAAUUGGCCGUGGCCAAAUAUCCGCAGCUCAAGGAGGUACUUGCAAACUUGGAGCCAAGUAGCAACGAGGCAUACCUCUGGUAUGGUACCAACAUCCGGAGAGCUUUCGAUUUCUUGGACUUGGCCGCAGGAUCAGACGAGACGGCCAAGCUUGGUCUUCGAUUCGCGGAGAGCUGCACUAAGGCGGACGAGCACGCCAUGGACGACCACGGACAUUAUGAGAACGUCUUUGCGCUGCUCUUGUGUCGCGUGUGCUUGGGACGUUUCUACUACACCACGGAAGCUGGGCUACGUUGCUGCGUUGCGCGGUAG